AUGGCUUUUAGGUUUGUUAAGAAAUUGCAAUUUGUUAAGUCUAAGGUUAAAGAGUGGAACCAGACUAAAUUUGGGAAUAUUUUUGCUAAUAAGCAAGAGUUGGAGGAGAAGCUGGCCGCAUUACAAGAAACAAUAAUUCAAAAUGGAAUGUCCUCAGAGUCUUUUUUGCAGGAACGUGAUCUUCAAAAUCAGUACAAUGAGAUUCUAACACGGGAAGAAAUCUAUUGGCAGCAAAAAUCGAGGGAGUACUGGCUUAAGGAAGGGGACAAAAAUACUAAAUUCUUCCAUAAUUCGGUCGAGGCCAGAAGAUCUUGGAACAAAAUCACCUCCAUCCAUAACAAGGGAAAUGUCCUUUUGGAAAACCUGGAGGAUAUCAACAGUGAGGUAAUCAGUUUCUUCUUGACUUUAUUUUCGAAGGAGGGUAAUAUAAGUUUAGAGGAUCAACAAAAUGGACUUAAUGCUAUUUCAAAGCUGAUCAUAGAAGCACAAAAUCAAGCACUCAUGAAACCUAUCCAGUUUGACGAGGUUCGGAGGGCAGUUUUUAGCAUGAUGGGGGACAAAGCCUAG